GAAGUGGCCCUGCAAAACCGGAAGCGACCCUUAUGCUCUUCCCUCCUUGCGCCAGUGACCCCUCCUGGCCGCCCCAUUCAUCAGCGCUUGUGCAUCGGGCACAGUCCUUUCCUAGUGGUGCCUGCACUGCUAGCCCCCUUUACCCAUAGCAAGCCCGUUCCUCGGCCUGUCCUGCUUUCCUUACCUCCUUCUCAGUGCUACUUUCGUAUCAGCCUAACCCAUUGCAAACUCUCUUUCCUUUGACAUGCUCGUUUUGCAUUGUUCCCUUCUGAUCUGCCAUCUUUCCUAGCCUCUUUCCUGCAGCCUAGCUUGCCUCACCAGUCUCUUCUGGCCUCCCACGGCAGUUUAGUAAUCACAUGACUCACGUACUGUUAAUCCAAUUCUUUUAUUUAUUUUUUGUGCUUGUCCUAAUGAUACCUAACAUCCAUCUUAUGCCUCAGUCUCUGUGAUUUUUCUGCUUGUGAACAAUUGCCUGCCUCCAGUUUUCUGUAGAAUUACAGAUGGCCGGGCCAGUUUGCAUUCCAGUCUCUUGCCACUGCUGAAGAGAGCCGUCUCACCCCAGUCCCAGACAGGUAUUGUCUUUGUUGGUGUUGCACUUGCAUCUGUUUUACACACUUUAAUGCCUCCCUUUCUUUUCCACAGGCCCAGCAGAGCCAUGUCUGAGCUGAAGGACUGCCCCCUUCAGUUCCACGAUUUUAAGUCUGUGGACCAUAUGAAGGUAUGCCCACGUUACACAGCUGUGUUGGCCCGUUCAGAGGAUGAUGGCAUCGGAAUUGAAGAACUGGAUACCUUGCAGCUGGAGCUGGAAACACUGCUGUCUUCUGCUAGUCGCCGACUUCGAGUGUUGGAGGCCGAGACACAGAUCCUGACAGACUGGCAAGACAAAAAAGGGGACAGGCGGUUUUUGAAGCUGGGCAAAGAACAUGAGUUGGGGACUCCUAUCAAGCAUGGCAAGCCAAAGAAGCAGAAGCUGGAAGGGAAAGGCGGCCACAGCACAGGACAGGGCCCAGGUCGGCCCAAAUCCAAAAACUUGCAGCCGAAACUCCAAGAGUACGAAUUCCCAGAUGACCCAAUCGAUGUGCCACGCAUCCCCAAAAACGAUGCGCCAAAUAGGUUCUGGGCCUCGGUGGAGCCGUACUGUUCAGACCUCACCAGUGAGGAGGUGCGUACUUUGGAAGAGCUCCUGAAACCUCCAGAAGAUGAAGCUGAACACUACAAGAUCCCACCCUUGGGGAAACACUACUCACAGCGCUGGGCUCAGGAGGACAUGCUGGAGGAGCAGAAAGAUGGCGCUCGGGCUGCAGCGGCCGCUGAUAAGAAAAAAGGCGUCUUGGGACCACUGACAGAGCUGGACACGAAAGAUGUCGAUGCUCUGCUGAAGAAGUCAGAGUCCCAGCAUGAACAGCCUGAAGACGGCUGCCCAUUUGGGCCUCUGACCCAGCGUCUCCUGCAGGCACUUGUUGAGGAGAACAUUAUAUCCCCUAUUGAAGACUCGCCUAUUCCAGAGAUGGCAGGCAAGGAUUCUGCAGGUGACGGGGCCAGCACCUCCCCUCGCAGCCAGAACAAGCCCUUCAGCGUACCCCACACCAAAUCCCUGGAGGGCCGCAUCAAAGAGGAACUGAUCGCCCAAGGCCUGCUGGAGUCGGAGGACCGGCCUGCCGAAGACUCGGAGGACGAAGUGUUGGCCGAGCUGCGGAAAAGGCAAGCUGAACUCAAGGCCUUGAACGCGCACAACCGAGCCAAGAAAGUGGAGCUGCUCAGGCUGGCCAAGGAGGAACUGCACAGGCAGGAGCUGCGGCAGCGGGUGCGGAUGGCUGACAACGAGGUCAUGGACGCCUUCCGCAAGAUCAUGGCGGCCCGGCAGAAGAAGCGCACACCGACGAAGAAGGAGAAAGACCAGGCCUGGAAGAGCCUCAAGGAACGCGAGAGCAUCCUGAAGCUUCUGGAUGGCUGAUGCCAGGGACCGAGUGCAAGCCACGCUGGUCAGGCUGCUGCGUUUGAGCCUCAAUCUAGGCCCAGGUGUGCACUGCCAAUACAGACUGCAGCAGCUCCCUCCAUUGGCUUUCCAGUGUGCUCUUUUGUGCCCCAAUUUGGUUGUUUUGUAGCCAGGGACCCAGACAAACAGGGCCUUUUGGCAGCAUCUCAUCUCUUCCUGCAGGUGACUGUGGCCAUUGGUGCUGUCGAGAUGGGAGCUGCCUUCGGUGAAGGCCAUCCCUCUGUAGAUUGUCUAUAGGUCCUGUUUGCCGAGGCUUGGCAGUGGGGCAAGAUGUAUAACCUGUGUCACAUUUCUGCAUUGCCUCAGCUUCCAGGGCUGGCCUGCAGCGUACACUGAGAGGAUGCUCUCAAGCAUUGGCUUGGAUCUUUUAUUACCAUUGUCACCAGCUGCUGUUCUCUUUGCCCUGUUUUGUGUGAACCUCUGGCCGCUGCAAGCACAAUGCAUUCUGGGAGCAGAAUUCUGCACGACAGACCCUUGAAGUCUACAUGUUCCUCCCCCACCUCCUGUGUUGCAGCAGAUGUACAUUGUUAACUCGACCGCUCUGGAGCCAGGCCUGAAUUAAACAGGCCCAUGAAGCUCAGAAUACGUCUGGAAUCGGCCAGUUUCCCUGAUGCUGCCUGCAGUAUCCAGUGCUGAACAGCAGGGGGAGCCAUGCACUUCCUGAUAGCACUUGUUGAAGUGGUCUAAGCAGCCAUUGAAGAUGUGGAGUGCAGCACCCUCUGGGGGGGGAGGGGGCGUUUGAGUUAGAGACAGCUCUUGAUGGCUUUGCUUUAUUUCCUGUUCUGGUUAGCCGUUUCCUGUGGCGAUGGCAGGUCACACGUCCCUUUCCUCCCCCUUCCUCCCGCCCAUCCUGAGAACAUAAGAAAGGGGUUGGCCUCUUGGAAUCGCCUCUAAGGCUUACCUGGGGUUCUUGAUGGAGAAGAACCAGAGCACUGGGCCACGUGGAGGAGACUAGACGCCAGGACAGGUAUGAGAAGGUGGCAGGGGAGGGGAGCUUGGCCUUUGGAGGGACGAGCUGGAGCCAGCCAGCCAGCUCGCUCUUCCACCAUCUCGGCUAUGUGCAAAUCAGCAAUGGGACGGCCAGGGCUGAGAAGGAGCUUGUGGGGGUAGGGGCAUCUUCUCAGAAUGCUUUGCCUCACUCUCACCAGGUGUUUUAGAACAAGCUGUCGGAGAACAAGAAGGUAAGCUGUCCAGUGGGGAAGCAGCAGCUCCCCAGAGAUUCUCUUUUCUGCUUCUGGUAGGCUGAGCCUACCUGAGGCCGCUUCCUGCAAGCCCUUGUGGGAGGACCCUUCAUUGUGAAAGCAGCCGACCAGGCCAAGCACCAGAUCUGGGGUGAGGAGGCAGGGCCAAGGCAUCUCUGUCUAUGCCUUUCUUGGGUGGCAAAGCGCAGGCCUGAUUGGCUUGUGAAAGAUAGGCAGGUGGUGGAAAUGUCUGGUUCCUGCCCUCCAGUUUGGCGUUGGCUCUGUUUCUCUUUCCGUGCCUUGGCUUUUCCAGAACCACUGUCGCAGCAUUCAGUCAUAAGGCAGGACUUGCAUCCGGGCGGGUCCGUCUUCUGUCAGAUAGCCUAGCUAGCUUCUAUAGUACAGUCAGAGUCCCCCUGUGGGAGAAUCUGGAGCAAACAUUUAACUGUCUUGCUGUUGCAAACAGUCACCCGCUGUUGUCUUUUCAGUGUUUGGUGGGUCUUUAGCUACCAGUUCUCACAAGCUUAAUGUGUCUUGUGUUUUUUUUUAAAAAAAUAAUUAAAACCUUCCUCCCCUUCUCCGGCACCAGCAAGUUUCAAAGGUGUCCUGUUGCUCCUCUUCUGGGGAAGGUUUUGUGAGUUUAAAGUGUAAGGUUGGCGUUCGAAAUAUCCAGGAACUGGGAUCGGGGGAAAGGGAUUGAAGGAGUUUCCCCUGUAUAUUUUAUUAUGUGGCUGCUGUGUUAACAUGGUGCCUCACAAGAAUUCUCCUAGAAUAUCAAUAAACAAGUGACGACAGGAGCAGCA